GAGAGCACAUUCCAGCCAGACCCCGUUCGAGACAAUGAGGGGUGGGACACAAUUUUAUUUAAAAUCUCUUUAGGCCUAAUCUUGCGCUUUAAUCAGGAACAGAGCAAAGUUAGGUUGAAGGUUCCUAGGCGGGCUACGUAGGCUACUUUAUCGAGAUGGAGCCAUGGGCUGUUUGUGAACUUAUUUCAAAGCGGAAGGCUGACGUCUAGCCUAUGUUCCAGCUCGGCUUCGUGUUUUCGGUUUAUCAGUCAAAGAUUCUAGACCGAGAUUUCGCGUCACAGCGCCGCGCUUGAGACGAGACAAAUCUGGUAAACUUGGACGGACCAUAUAUCUUAGACCGAAAGGACGGGCGUUCAUUUUCCCAGUCAGGUAUCUUGGAUAUUCAGUUUAGAGUCGUUUCAUUGUAGCAGAACUGAAAUCAUUUGACAGAAAGUUGGGAGGAGCGCCAAAUAAAAAUACUGACUUUGAUUCGCAUCGAAACAGGAAAGGAUGUGGAGAGAUUCUACGAUUCAACAUCUGGGACUGAGAACUUUCACCGAACUCAAAGGUUGACAUAUGAAUGGAAGACCUAUCUAAUACAUUCAUUUUGGUUGUCUUUUAACACUUUAAAGUAGUUUAAAAGACACAUUUUGUUUGUAAUAUGGGACCAACGUGGCGCAUGUCUGUGAUGAUACAUCAUUUGGCUUCUUCGUGAAAAGCAAGAAGCUGCGCUUAAAAGGACAAAUAAAACGGAGAAUGGGGGGUGCUGCCAUGGUCACAGUGCUGCUGGCCGGGAUGUGCCUGUGGACCUCCACAGCUCAUGCAGAUCAGUCAUCUGUGGGAUCGCCGUCCGGGGGCCCUGACGGCGUCACCGACCUGCUGUGUACAUGUGAGAACAAGAAGGGGACGUGUAGGAACGGCACCUGUAGAGGUGCCUACUGCUUCUACACCAAGGUGCAUGGCAGAGAGGAGAAGGGCUGCUUCCACAAGGACCACUACAAGGAGCAGUGUUACACCAGCUUCCAGGGACUGUACGUCCACUGCUGCACCAAGAACCUCUGUAAUGUCAACAGCACCGCUCCCCCAGACCCAGUUGAGCCUACGAGGGAGGAGGACAGUGUGAUUCUGCUGGUGGCAGUGCCUCUGCUGGUGUUGCUGAUCCUGUCCGUGGCUGUGUGUGGCCUGGUGCUGUGGCUGCGCUCCAGACGACAGCACCACAGGCUGGGCUACAGAGAGGACCGUGACGUCUCCAUGCUCAAGGUGCCCAGUGGGACAGACCCUACCUACGGGGAAAUCUUCGAUGAGUUCUGUACCUCAGGCAGUGGGACUGGCCUGCCGUACCUGGUGCAGAGGACCAUGGCUCGGCAGAUCUCUCUGGUCGAGUGUGUCGGUAAGGGCCGGUAUGGGGAGGUGUGGAGGGGCACCUGGAUGGGAGAGAGUGUUGCCGUGAAGAUCUUCUCCUCCAGAGAUGAGCAGUCCUGGUUCCGAGAGACCGAGAUCUACAACACUGUGCAGCUCAGACACGACAACAUCCUGGGCUUCAUAGCAUCUGACAUGACUUCUAAGAACUCCAGCACCCAGCUGUGGCUGAUCACCCACUUCCAUGAGCUGGGAAGUCUCUACGACUUCCUCCAGUACAGCAGCCUGGACCCCGAGGGCUGCCUAAGGAUGUGCCUGUCUGUAGCCUGCGGCCUGGUCCACUUCCACACUGAGAUACUCAGCUGCCAGGGCAAGCCUGCCAUCGCCCACCGAGACCUGAAGAGCCGAAACAUCCUGGUCAAGAGGAACGGACAGUGCUGCAUCGCCGACCUGGGCCUGGCUGUGAUGCAUUCUCAGACCAGCGAUUACCUGGACGUGGGGAACAACCCCAGGGUGGGUACCAAACGCUACAUGGCCCCAGAGGUUCUGGAUGAGACCAUCCGCAUGGACAUCUUUGAGUCGUACAAGCAGACAGACAUCUGGUCCCUGGGCCUGGUUCUCUGGGAGAUCUCUAGACGGACCAUGGUCAACGGGAUAGUGGAGGAGUACCGGCCGCCCUUCUUUGACAUGGUGCCCUCUGACCCCAGCUUUGAGGAGAUGAAGAAGGUGGUGUGUGUAGACCAGCAGAGACCCAGUCUGCACAACAGGCUGCACUCACACCCGAUCCUGGCUUCCAUUGCCAAGGUAAUGAAGGAGUGUUGGUUCCAGACCCCAGCCCGACUCACAGCUCUCCGUGUCAGAAAGACUCUCUCCAAGCUGGACCAGGACCAUGGCUACCCCACAGAGAAACUCAAAAUGGACCUGUAGGCCUCGACACCGGACUGCAAGCAGGACGUCUAGACCUCAACAUAAGACUACGACCAGCACACCAAAAGUAGGGCUUAUAGUCUUAUAUAGAGACGAUCUAUAUCCUCUCCUACUACUUAAGACUCUGUGUCCCAUAUAUCUAG